AAAUUAAGUGUAUCAAAAUUAUAUCAUUAAGUUAGAAAUGGGCAUAAAGACGUUUCAAAAGAAGUUGGACGAAUUUAUUAGACGGAAUGACAUUGCCCCUUGGUACCAGGCAUUGUCGCCGGCCCAGGAAACCAUUUUCCACCGCCUUAGCAAUGAUUUGCGGGAUGACUUCGAGCAGGGCACAAGUUAUCGUGUUCAGAAAUGCCUGGUUUGCCUGGGACUGAGUCCAGUCAUAAAUACAAAGAAGAUACGGAGUAUGGUUCAGCUUAGUCGUGGCAACGAUCUGGCCUUUCUAUUCUUCAUACUGGAGGCCUAUUACAAAACCUAUGCUAAGGAUCAUUCAUACAGUUUCAAUGAGAAGAUACUUAUGACCGGACUUGCUGAAUUGGAUAUGAAGCCCACGCUACGCGAGCUUGACCGGAUCCUUCCUCCCGGGGUUCCAGAAACUUAUGCAACAGCGAAGGUACAGUGGGCUAUCUCUAAAGUAGAGAGCGGUGCCUUUUCUAACGUAGGAAGCAGGAGUAAAGACAAAUUACCGUCAAAACCAAACAACCAAAACCAAGAGGAUGGGCCGAAAAUUUUGCCAUAUUUUCAGAAGCAGCCUCGUCCGAUUCAAAGACAUCUGGACCUAACCUAUCGCCCAAAGAAAUUUACAGUGACUUUGCCAUUCUGGGAGGUUGGAAAACCACCAGACUAUGGCCCAUAUACCCCGGCACCCUGGUUCGCAUCCUAUGAGCUGAAACCGGCAGUACGUGUGAUAAAGCAUGCUGUAGACGACGCGGUUACCAAAGUUUGCGAAAAGCAGGCUGAGGUAGAAAACAAAGAGAACGCUGAAUCGGAUCAAGAUCCAAAAGAAGAUAGUGAAGAGGAACCAAGAAAUCUCUGUGCGUACCACAGAUUUCUUAAAGAGCAGAUGGCUCUCUUGCAAGACGAGCUCACGGUGAAAGCGCGGGACCGUUGCUUGGAGAUGAUCGACAUAGAGCAUAUAAGUCGAAAGAUGCGAUGUAGGAGAAUUGUAUCGCAGCUCGAUCACGACAUCGAUCUGUAUGUGGAAAAGUACAACAAAAUUGUGAAAUCGGAAAAUACAACCUUGCUUACGAUUGUGGGAACGGAGUGUAAUGUGUGUCGGGCGUACGUGCCAACUCCAAUUCAAAAUAAGGAAGAAAAGUCUCUCGUUGGCGACUGCAUGGGUGUGGCUCACACAAAUGUGCUACAGACGUAUAAGGGAAAACGCUUGACUGGAGGUGGUCUAAGAAUUGCCGAUAUUGAUUUUGAGGGCGACUUAGAGCCGUGCAAGAAGGGCACUCUGCCCGAGCCAACUAACUGCCCUGAGGAACGAGAGGAAUUGCCCAAAAAGGGUCAUGUCGAAGGAACUCGCAUAUCCUUUUCAACAGACUAUAAGAAGGCAAACAUUGAUGUAAGAUAUACCGCUAAGCAAACUAAGAAAACAUUUUUCAAAGCCGCCGAGAAGCAUAAGCCAUACCAGUUUAAAUACAAGCGUGUGUUCAAAACGGGUCGCCAGGAAGUUAAUGACUUGGGCAAGCAUAUCAAAAAGAGUUUUGUACGCGCUCUGAACAAAUCAGACGACGACGAGCUAUUGCAAAGCAUUUGUGUUGACAACAAGCCCAAGGACAACGACCAAUUAGCUGAGGGCGAUGGAGAACUGGAGCUAGAAGUUGUGGAUAUUUGUAGAUCGAAGCUAACAGACAGCACUGGGUCGACAAACGAAACCAGCGAUCACAGCAAAUACAGUCAUGUGGAUCACCGAAUCCCAAUAAUCGACGCCGUCGUCCAAUGUGCCGUGAAGAUUUGGAAGAAAAGGGUCGAAAUAAAACGGGCUGAAAUGGAAUAUAAUGAACAGAACGAAUUCAGAGACUCAACAAUAUUGACGUAUGAUGAUAUUGACAAAUUUGAUCCCGACGAUAUCAAGUUAAUGGACCGCUUGUUGAAGGACGGUAUGAACGAGCUGAAGAAGAAUAAACGGUUUGUGCUAGCCAUGCUUCCAUUUUCCCACAAGCUACCGAUUUUGCGAGAAUGGGUGAAAAGGCGCUACGGGAAGAGAUAUUCGCAAAAGGAGCUCGAUGCACACAUGAAGAUAUCGGAACAAAUAUUUGAAAUAGUAAUGUCGCUGCAAACCAGUCCACCCGACGUCGAUUUACUAGAGAUGGAGGAUACGGAACAGAGUUUCAAAGAUUAUAAGAAAAUGCUGGAAAUGGCUGAAAAUGUCAAGACGAAGUAUUACGAGAUCAUCAAUUCCACAUUCUUUAAGCAUAGCAAUUUCUGCUGGUAUGCCAUGGGUGCAUAUCUCUGUCCCGGUGGGCCUCCAAGGUCAACGUUCUACUCCUAUAUGCCGGCCACCCCACGCAAUCUGCACCGCCACCAUGUAUGGAAUGGGGAAUACAGGAACUACCGUCAGCUUCGUGACAUGGUGAGGUCACGUAAAAAUGGAGAGCAGGCCCAAUAGAAGUACCAUAUCCAUUUCUGGGGCCCCCAUAUCCAUUUCGAUUAGCCCUUUUUGAAGAUAACAAUAUAUCAGUAAUUUAUACUAAACCAAA